AUGGGCAGGUCUCGGAGGAAGCGGAGCAGCGAGCCGGAGUGCUCGGAUUCUGAGACGGAGCCGGGCACCGGCACGGAGUGUGUCUGCGCGCAGAGCCCCACAGGGAGAGCCAAGCGAGUGAGGUUCGCUGACGCGCCCUCCGAGAUCUCUGGCAAGUAUGGCACCAGCGAUGGGCACAGUCUGGACGAGGGGAGGGGGGUGGUCCCCGUGCGGUGCUCCGACCGGAAGUGGGUGGCCCGCAUCACUCCUUCGGAGGUCCGCCAGCUCGAGUCGGAGCUGGGGGAGGAGUAUCAGGCAUCCCUGGACCGACUCAAGCGGAGGGCUGGGAUGCUGUCGAGGGUGCAGCUGGUCUCCCUGGGCCUCCUCAACCAGUCUACGAGUCGCAUGGCCAUCAAAGCUGAUGCCGGCGAGGUAGAUGCUCCCAAGCCAACCCUCCCUGGGUCGAGUAUUCGCCUGGGCUCGCUGACAGGGUCGCUACGCGGAUCGGCCCCACUUAAGAAUGGUUUGUAA